AUAGUCUCUUAGGCCCACAGUACAAGCGUGUACAGAAGCAAGAACCUUUCCCUAAAAAUGACACGUCACUCGCCAUUCGGUUUGCCCCUCACCGACGAAGCCAAGCAGAUGGUCAAUGAUGUUCGGCUUAAAAUUGGACAACCGAUUCAUCCAAAUUUUAAUACCGAUUUCAAUGUCUACCGUUUCAUUAUGGCAGCCGAACGUACUCACAAAAAAGAGCGUGACGUCAUCAAACAUGCAGCUCUUGCUCUAAACAACCACUUGCGUUACAGAAAAGCUUUGAACUUGGACGUGGAGCACAUACCAUCCUUCGAUGGUAACCCAAUUUUUCAAAAGAGGCUGAUGCCACGCGGAGAAAUAUUGGAGAAAACCGACAACCAAAAUCGUCUUCUAUGGUAUAUCGAAUACGCUACGAUAACUGUUGAGAGCAUUGCCCACUCUAUCCGCAGUUCGGAAGCAUGUAAAUUCCAGUUCCUUCAGUUUGAAUACAUGCUGAGAAAAGUUAUGGAGCAAGAGGAACGCACUGGAUGCUUGAGCUCACUUCGCCAUAUUGUGAAUAUGGAUGGUUAUGAGAUAAAUCCAUUUACUAUGGUGUUUGUAACCAGUGGAACAUUAGCAUAUUACUCACAGUUGUUCCAUUUUGAGAACUAUCCUGAAUUGGUGACGCCCGUCGACAUGGUCAACAUUGCCAAGUGGAUUCACGUUCCGUACAAAAUAGCGAAGGCGAUGAUGCCGACUGGUUUCUCGGAGAAAUUCCGUCUCCACGACAGGCACUUCAUCGAGACGCUCACCGAAGACAUUAAUAUUGACGAUAUUCCAGUUAGCCUUGGGGGAAACGAUGCGGAAAUCACAUUCACUGGAGCUAUUAAAAUUGAUCCGAACAAUUACUGGCGAGUGGAUAAUGCCGAUCUAAUCGAUGCUCUUGAAGGAUUUCAUGUUGGAGCCCGUAAAAACCGCCAUGUGGUAGUCAAUGUUACUUCUGCAAAAGACCUCAAGUGGUACUUUUCCACGGACGGAGACAUCUACUUUGGUAUAUUUUUUGAGGGAGACGCCACAAAUAACAAUGUCGAGGAAAAUGAGCCAAAUCUCGAUAGUAUGGAAAUGGUGUAUCCUUGGCUCAAAAUUACGGCGAAACUCGUGCACGAAAUCGAUGGAAUUAGCAUGAACAGAAUUGGAAAAUAUCAUAUUGUAUUCUGCAACAAACAUUCCUGGAUUCACCGGCGGUGUGUUCAGUUCUAUGGACAGAUCCAUGACAACGCUGAGAACACCUUCAAAAGGUUGUAUACUGAUGGAACCAUGUCUAAUGCCGAAAAAAUGUUUUAAACUAAUUUUUUCUUUUUUCCAACUCUGCCAUUUUCCACUACCAAAAUUAAAAGUGAUUUUUUUUCUCUGAUGAUUUUUCAAUAUUAUAUUUGACAAUACUCUCUGGCUCCCCAUUUUCGUAUUGUUUUUAAAUGGUUAUUAUAAU